AUGGAGGAAGAAGCUGGCCCACCCGCUCGCAGGCUUACCUAUGAACGCAUAGCACGCACUGAAUACCUUUGCAAGUGUUUUGACGCCAGACCGGCAAUCUCGUCCUCUACAUGCACGACACCACUCAACGCCAAGCCAACGCUCGCGGUCUCACCCGCUACGAGCAGUCCACUCAAGCGGAAACGCCCAAACUCGCUUGAGCAGUCCUACGAGAGCUGCGAGUCCGUCGAUCCCCAGGAGGUCAAAACUUUCGUCAACCGAAUCAUGAUGGAUGCAGCGCUAUCAUAUUCAGCACCCCAGAUCUGGCUUCCCUUUGCAACCCUCCAAAAAACACACUCGUUAACUCCCACGCAUGACACGACUCCAGUUAUGGCCCAGGACUCACCAUUCCUAAAGCUACCAGCCGGGAUCAGGAACGAAAUCUACCGCCACGUAUUGUGUCCGGAAUCGCCUGGUACGCCACUGAAGCUUCGUGAUGCCCACACCAGAUUCAAGCCCAAGCCCAAGCCCCAGCCCAAGGAGUUACCCCAGUUCUGGAAUCCUGCCAUGGGACUUCUGAGAGUGUGCAAGCAAUUGCACCAAGAAGCAGGCACUUUUCUGUAUUCCAACAACCAUUUCUGGGGCGACGACGGCGCGAUCCUGAAGAUUCUGUAUGCGCCGAACCCUAUGGUUCCGCGCAUCCGUCACUUAUCCAUGAGUAAUGCGGGGGACCUCGUGCUCCCGCACACGCCGAUAUAUUACCUUAUGAUGCCGGUACUCUCUGAACUCAGCAAGUUGCCUGAUCUUGAGAAGCUCGAGCUACACAUGGAUCGCACAGAUCGUUUAUUCCAAACCACGCCCAUGAAACCCCGUGAAUUUGCGAGAGCAGUUUACUGGGGUGCACUCUCGUGGGUCAAAGAGAAGAGAAGGGUCAACAGGGACCUGAGGAUCGCCGACUGCAUCCACAUCGUCUUUCCGCAUCCAUCUCCUCCGUUCGACCAGGAUAUGUUUCGCGAGGAGUUUUCUUACUUUGUCGAGAUUCACGCCCACAAGUUGCACUAUGGACUUGUCAUAGCAACACUCCCCUUCCUCCUCCACACUCUGCAACUCACGCCCACAGCCAGCGGCCAAAGGGCUUGCCAUCAACCAGUCACCAACAGUGUCUACUCACCCACCGUACAGCUUUCAAGAUGUGCGAUUGCAGCACACUCGCCACCAUGCCCGGCAACCACGCCUGUUGGAACGAGCAAUCCUCGUGUCCUGGUCAAGCCGAUCGGUGGUGGCGGCCUGGCACCAGACCUACUCGCCCUCACCUGGAACGCUGGUGUCAUCGCCGAGAGUGAGCAGUCGGAGGAGCUGAGAUCCUUUCUGGAGAAGGCCAUGGGUAUGAGGCGUUUGCUGCCGAAUGUGUAG